GUCCAUUUCGACGCUCAGAGUGCAUCCUAGGGUCGGACUCGUCUGAUGACAGCGUCUCAAGAAACUCUCUCUGGCUAUCCGGUGUACCUCCUAAAGCGUCCAACCUGGAUCAGAAAGGAACGAAGUAGUUUGUUUUCAUGAUCCAUGAGGCCUCCAUUCAUAACGUUUCCUUUUGAAGAUACAGAGAGAAGUUCAAAGGCAGAGAAAACACGCACCCAAAACCAGUAAAUUCUUUUCAGGCAACCGCUUCCCGCUUGCUACUCCAUCCAGCAUAGAGGACCAUAUAUUUUUCUUUGCGCCAUCUUUGCUCGAUGGCCUGCUCCCCUGGCUCAGAAUUGAUGACCGUUGUCCUAUUCCAACCAUGCUGACGGCACCAUGCCAACGCUUCGUAGGUACAGUGAGGAAGGAAACCAAAGAUUCGCGGGAGCUUGAACUAAUACAAAAUCGCACUGGUUCGAGAAAUUAUAAGUUGUGAGAAACUCUAGUUGCAACGGCACCGAAAAGGGAGAAGUACAAAGCUGGAGGGCGCAGGUGAUGAAACUGCUAGAUUGAUCGAUUCUUCAUGUGCGUAAUCCGUAAAUAUUAUACUGCCUCUCAGAUGAUACUGGCGCGUACAGAAUGUAUAAUCGCAAGUUGUCUUCAAGCGGAUCGAUUGGUCGUUGAAAUAAAUAAACAAACUGAAGGUUCAAGGUUCCCCUGGUUCAUCGUUUGUCCACUCUGACCUGAUGUCACGCGUUUUUGCUCGCCGCAUCCAUCAACCAUUCUUCUCCAACCUCCGAAAGCCAAAAACUCCACCCUACGACGACGACGCUACUACGCCAUUUACGCAAUCAAUCUUUUCUACGAACCUAGAGUGGUAGAAGUCAUUAGAAGAUUAAUAAGAGUUGUUAUUCAGCACGCUGGUCAAUUGGUCCCCAUCUAUUCCAAACCCAAUGAAUGCCAUCCGCCAGGUUCAAGAGCUGAACAAAAAGGAGCUUGAAAAUGUCGUGCCUCCAGAAGCUUCAUGGCAUGCCGACUACCGCGACACAGCCUACAUCUAUAUCGGGUCCCUCCCUUACGACCUCAGCGAAGGUGAUAUCCUAACUAUUUUCUCCCAAUAUGGCGAGCCGGUACAUCUUAACUUAGUGCGCGACAAAGAGACGGGCAAGAGUAAAGGGUUCGCAUUUCUGAAAUAUGAGGACCAGCGGAGUACCGAUUUGGCUGUGGAUAAUUUGGGCGGGGCGACGGUUCUAGGCAGAAUGAUACGAGUGGACCAUGUGAGGUAUAAGAGGAAGGAGGAGGAGGGGUUGGAAGACAAUGUUGCAACGUUGACCGUUGGUGAGACGGGACUUGGAGAGUCAAGAAGAGACGAUAACGGUGAAGAAGGGCGCAGAAGGAGAACUACGAAACAUAGCGAAAGUGAUACUGAUGCGGAAGAUCGGAGGAUACAACAAAAGCCAUUAUUGAAGGAGGAGAAGGAGCUACAGAAGCUUAUAGAAGAGCAUGAUGAUGAAGACCCAAUGAAGGAAUAUCUAAUACAGGAGAAAAGGGAAGAGGUAGCUAGGGCUUUGGAGCACUCAAGCAACCGAAAGAAACGCCGGGGUGAUAGCACUGAGAGAGAAGACAAACAUGACCAUCGCCGCCGUCACCACCGCUCUCAUCAUCGAAGACAUCGGGAUGAUCGUUCAUAUUCCCGGGAGGAAGGGAGAAAGUCCUCACGACGCGAGAGGUCAAGGUCACCAUCACAGUCGAGAGAACGAAGACACCAUCGGGAUAGAGUUCGCGGCUGAGAUGACCAUUUUGGAGCUGGAGACGAGAUUGUUGCGUGAAAAUAACCUACAGAAAGAUUUUCUCUUCGGUGUCCGAUGCGGGAGAAACCCUGAUAAAUAUCCAAAUAUCCAAUUUUGGCUGAAAGGGAUCGUACCAUUCUCGAUCCAACUUGAAAGGUUAUCCAGCACCUAGGGCAUAUCCAUGUCCUUCCAGAGCUGGAAGGCCCUUCACGACACUGUUUCGGCUAGAUCUCAGAUGAUGCGAUAUACCCAAGAAAUAUAUUCUCGGUUCCACGAUAUGAGGAAAAUGUGUGUUGUGAUCAUCCAGUUUACCAAUCGGCCACGUUAAAUUUCAACGGAAUUGUCAUAUGAACCCAAAGCGUCCCGUGGAUUCCUCGUGAAGAAAGCGGCAUUCUGAAUAGACCGUAAUAUGUUCGGCUCCUCAACCACCUCCAAGAUACCUUUUCCAACCCUCUCUGACGCAAUACCGCUUCCCAUCAUCACCCUGUCCAAUGACGAAUCUUUCCCACCUCCCCUCUUUCCCGGCACUUAUCACCAGAAGCGUCGUUUCGCUAGUCCAUCCAAUAACCCCCUUCGAUGGUCGUCCAAGCGAGGAGCCCAAUGGAGGGAGAUAUGCAGAACCAAGAGGACCCUCGUCACCAAUUUCAAAGUGAGCACUUGCAAACGAAUAAGUGUCAGAAAACACUCGAGGGAGCAGAGGGAGCUUCCCUAAAAUACCCCAUUUCUGAUUUGCGCCUUCCACAGGAGGCGUAGCUUUGCGAGCAUGCGGAAGAUCAAAAAUAUGCAAGGUAGAUUUAUCUGACGUGAGUGCCAGAAGUGUGUUUGAGGGGGAUAUGGCCAAGGAAAAUAUUUCCGCCUGAUCUACGCCUCGCCUGAGCUCAGCCAUCUUUGCGCAAUUUGUUGUGGCAAAUACUCGAAUCAGCGUUCCCUGCGUUUUAAAACUGAAUUUAGUUUUCAUUGUUCAAGACUAUCUUCUCCCCCCUCAAAACUUAAUAGUUCUCGAGGGAUGAUUAUGUUUACUUACCGUCUCUCCCGCUGUCGCCAAAACCUCACCGUUGGGACUAAGGUGGAUAGCUCUCAAUGGCGAGCUAUGCGCCGGAAUGAUACUAACAUUCCCCGUCUCAAGUUCGACAAGCUGGACCUGGCCGGGGGAUCUUCCAGGGAAAGCCAGCAAUUUGGACCCUAGACAGAUCAGGCCAUGGGGGUUAUCUGCGGUUUCGAAGACAGAUAACUUCUGCGGGGGUAUUGAGAAGGCAAAGAUGUGUACACUGUUAUGGAGCGCAGCGAUGAUCCGGGACUUGGAGAGCCGGACGCGCAGGACGGAAGUGCGGAACUCGAGCGUGAUGACUGCCCGCUGCUUUGCGUCGUCCCAGAUAAUCAACUUUGUAAUAAGGGUGAAACGAAUUAAUAUAUUAGGUUGAAUUUUAUUUUUCUGUUUCGAAAUUUUAUUUUUCAUUUUUUUUCCUUUUUGAAGAUGGUACCAAAAAUCCAAAAUCAACAGGAUUUAACUGGGGACAAAGACUGGGUAAGAUACUCACUUUGUUCUGGGGGAACUUGGGCUUCCGGCCUCCACCCACCAGAGCUAGAUAAUUAGAUUGGCCCAGCAUCUCUACCACCCCGAUACCUGCGUUGAAAUCUACUGUUAUUGAGUAUUGGUACUUGUUUAUUUAUGACACAAUAGAGGAAAGUACUCAAUAAUACAAGUGAAAACGUGGAGAAUAAAAAAUAUGUCACAAGCGUCCACCAGAGCAGCACGACGGAGAACCGGACCAGGAUGAAUAGAUAUAGAUACAUGUAUAGAAAAGUAUCUCACCUCUUGAUACUUUGAGUUCACAUGGCUCCGAGUUAAAAACUGUGUAAAAUAUGUGCAUGUACAUAGUUGUUAGUGUACAGGGGAUAUCUGACGGAUACGCAUAGUACGAGACUCGGGGAAGGAUGAUCGAUCGUCAGAAGCUGGGGGAGCAUACCACAGAAGCCGGUAUCGAGUCCGACAGAAAACGAGGAGCUGUCCGUGUUAAAAGCGGCCGAGUGUGACACUGGGCCCGUAGAUGUAUCUAUAACUUGUCUGGUAUUCAUCCUGCAAAAUAUAUAGGUUGUAGGUAGCAAUUAUGCUGGCUGAUAAUGUUAAGAAAGUGGUGGUUGUGGUCAUGUCAUUAUCGAGGACGGGGAUUCAACGCAACUAUAAGAAAUAAGAAAAAGUAGAACGAGGAAAACCGGUGUAAAUAUUAAGUACGAUAAGAUCUGUAGCAUGUAAUCGAGGACAAAAGAAGAUUCGUG